UGCUAAGGGCGCUCACAGCCGCCAUUGUGCCGGCUGUUGAUUUUUCCCUUUGAACGAGGUGUUUUCAGAUCGAUGCUGAUUAUAUGGGCUUCGUUUGCUGGAACAAUGUUAAAUAAUUUAACGUGAAAUCAAGUUAAAUAAUUUCAAAGGACUAGGAUCAACAACCCAAACAACCUGCCUUGUUACGCUGUUAUUCAAGCACACCGUGGAAAUGACAUUGCCUAGUAAAGCGGGGGACGGGGUCACAGUCUUAGCCAGUGAGUUUGUCAACCAAACAAACACUAAGCUGUCGUGGUGAGAAUAUGAGAACUGGCAAACGUUUAGUUUCAUGGAGUUUCCUGGAAAGUGCGUGAGCGUAACAAGGAGGAGAUAAACUUCUAAAGAGACAGACAGUGACACACUGAAGUAAGUUUGAAACUGUAGAGGGUACCAGCAUGAUAUAACGCACACCAUGUUCCAGGUCACGUACAGAUGUCUGUAAGUGAAACAUUCACUGUUAUGAGCUGGCCUGAUAUUUGUUAGUCAGACAGAGAUAAGAAUAUCAGCGGUAAGAAUAUCAGUGCUGCCUCAGAUUUGUCACACAGAGGCCAACUGAUAGACAAGAAAAGGAAAAACUGAACUUUUUGAAAUUAAAGAUGGACAUCAUUGGAAUGUCUAGUAACCUGUCCAUUCGGUCACCAAAGAGACCGGUCAAAACGGCUCUACACCAGGCCAUCGUGGACGGGCGCCUUCACCAGGUUCGUCUCUUGGUCUCAGUCCACAAGUGUAACGUCGAUUCACGGGACAUGAACGGAAGGACCCCCAUGAUGAUAUCCUGUAUUUUAGAUAACGAAGAGGUGGGUUUGAAAAUGGCAAAAAUCUGCCUCAAGGCGGGGGCGUUCUUGAAUGCGAAAGACAUAUUCGGUCGGUCUGCUCUCAGUUAUGCUUGUAUGAAGGGAAAGCAUGAAAUUGUGAGGAGGAUCCUCAGGGAAGACAUCAUGGGAGUAAACGACAAGGACAAUGACGGCAACACGCCGUUGAUCCACGCAGCCACCAGUGGCAAACCCGCUGUUGUUAAAUUAGUGGUGGAUAUACUGAACCGCUACGGACUUCCUAUUGAUAUAAGGAAUAAUCUGGGUUACACAGCCCUCCUCCUUGCUGCUAAGCACGGACAUUAUGUGUCAGCACACAUUUUGCUCAAGGAAGGCGGUGCAGCGUCAAAACUACGUGACAAUGAGUAUUUUCUCAACGCCUCUGAGUGGGCUAGAAGAAGUUAUGAAUUAAGAGCGAGUGCUAUCAAGUUACACGCUCAGAAGAACCAAAUUCUUCACCGUCCCCACACUCAACCGUCCUCUUCAUCCCCUCGUGGUGACACACGACUGCCGAGAGAGCACGACAUGUACCGAAGAAAUUACACCCCGAUUUGCCGACAUGUAAAAGCCGUCCACGAUCUCUCCAGUUUCUACGACAGCUCCAUCAGACUUCCAACCAUAUUUGCCGGUAACUAUGGUGAUCAGAGCGAGUCGCGAGAGGAGGCCCUGUUGGACGGGCAGGACGCCCGCAAGGUUUUCUUGGACACGGUAGAAGUGCUUGAGCAGCAGCGGCAAACUAAUGUGAUUGGAUCCAGUAAUGAGUCUUCCCAGGCCUCUGAAGCUUCCAAUGCCAGUCACAGGCCCGUGUCCACGCGCACGGCGUUCACGACAUUUACGCGAGGGGCGACUCGUCAAGGCAACCCCCACCCGUCCACCGCUAAACUUCUGGCGUUCACCAAGCGAAGUCACACACAAAUGCGACCAGAUCUUUCGACUUUGUUCAAACUGUAUUCUGAUCAGUAUUACUUUUCGCUACCUCAACCGGAGGAAGAACAACAGGGUGAGAUUGUUUUCAGGGACCCUGGGAUUUCAAUAGAAAUUGCCGCCCCCGGGGAGUUCACUCCAGCAGUGACACCCCGGGGAAGCAUGGUAGUCACCAAGUCAUGACUGUCACGAGGGACCCCCAUGCGACCAAUUUGUGCCACCAUCAAGACAGAAAACCUAUAACUGUGAUGACUGACCCAAUCAAACCCAAUCAAAACUAGCCUAGACGAUGAAUUUUCUAUUAAAUCAAAAAGAGCUUAUUCCAAUCAAAAUACACAUACUUGUGAUUCAAUACCGAUUCUCUUUUAGAAAAAUUAAUCGCUGUUUUUAUGCUCACACAAAGCAGGGUAAUUAUAUAAUAUUUCUCAUACUGUCAAUGUCCAGAAAAAGCCUGAGUCACGUCCUUGCACAGGACGUACAUGUAUAUCACACCCCUCCAUCUGUCACAGGGGGCUGUUCCUAAUUUUAGACUAGUGAGGUCAUCGCAGAUAAAGUUUUGAAUUUUUAGAUAGAAGAUUGAAUGUUGGUACUCUGUCUGAUUCGAAAAAUAUCCCAGAUAUGGGCAAUAAAUUUAUUUACGCUAA